UAUUGUUCCGAGGCGACAACACUUGUCGCACCGUGGUGGACGCGGAGUGCGCGGCGGUUAUUUGCAAAUUAUUGGACUCUAAUUUUGAUUCUCAAUAACCAAGAUAAUGCCGAUCUGUGGGGCUUGCGGCUCGAUGAUAGUGGAUCGCUGCUUUAUGGAGUGCUCCAAUGGGAGGUGUAAGAAAAGUUACGAUAUAGCAUGUCUUGAGGUUGAUGUGGAAGUAUUUAAGUCUUAUACGGAAGAAUAUAAAUUAACUUGGGUUUGUCCUGAGUGUAUAUGCUUAAUGCCGAAAAGAGGGAACGUGGAUACCCCGAUUGUCGUUAGGACACCUGCAUCUAAAGGUACCACCUCCAUCCCACCCAUUGAUAACAUAAAUAUGAAGAGAGGUAGUCAGGCCUGUUGUUCACCAACAAUGGAUGCUGAUUCAAUGCUGCUUGAGGAAUUACGAGAGUUUCGAGCUGAAAUUAUGGUCCGUAUGGACAGCCAAGCUGAAACGAUUAAUGUCUUGUUGAAUCAAUUCAGCCAAACAAGAUCCGAUUUAGAUAGUAUUAUGAAACUGAUGAGGGUACUGGAAGAAAAAGUAGCUACAAAACAAACUCGUGACAUAUCGAACGAAACAGUCCAGAACCCUCCUUCUACGUUCGCCGAAAUAACUAGCCAACAGAAAAAUUCUAAUACUAAAAAAAAACAGAAAAUUUCUAAAACUACCACCACCACAACGCACAAAGAUAAUAAAGGUGGGGCCACGAAGGCCGCAGUGUUGCCGAUAACGGAAUCGGCAGUUAUCACUGCCUUACCAACGAGCACACCCCAUGAACAAACGGAUGUAGAGGAGGGCGACACUGGAAUGGGCUGGACAACAGUUACGAAGAAAAAAAAUAACAGACCACCUAAAAGCGUAGCAGUAGGAACAAAUAAGGAAUUGAAAGCCAUACAAGCAACGGAACGAAAAAAACACUUGCACGUGUGGCGCCUGCAUCCUGAGACUACCAUUGAAGCUAUAACAGACCAUGUAAAUAGUGUGUGUGGCCCUGAUGUGCAUAUAAAAGUUGAUAAAAUCGUUCAUAAAACUAAAAGAGAUUAUGCAUCAUUUAAAAUAGAAGUACCUGAAAACUGUUUCCAGAAAUUAAAUCGGCCUGAAAUCUGGCCCAUAAACACCGAGUUUAAUGAGUGGAUUUGGUUUCGAAACUCCACAAAAACCGGAACAAAUUAACACCAUUGACAUUUACUACCAAAAUGUUAGAGGGCUUCGAACAAAGCUGAAUGACUUUAGAAGUAGCGUAGAAUUAAUGGAUGCAGAUAUAUACGCAAUCACGGAGUCGGGUUGCAACCCUUCUAUACAUGACGCAGAAUUAAUCCCGCCGGGUUAUAAAAUACUUCGCUGCGACCGAGCGGACGGUCGAAAGCAGGGAGGCGCGCUUUUAGUGGCCACACAUCGGUUCGAGCUGCGACAAGUGUACGUGAGUGACGUAGAUAUAGACAGCUGUGUUUUUGAAUUAGUCAAUGCAACAGUUUACUUAAAUAGACGAUUUUUAUUUUUGUGCUCAGUGAUUUAUAUUCCGCCUGGUAGUUCGGAGAAUGAUUAUAUGGUUUUGUUUGGUAUAUUAGAGAAACUAUGUACUAAGUAUAAACAAAUUAUUGUGAUAGGUGAUUUUAACCUUUAUUCGUGUCCGAUAAAUGUGAGGAGUUAUUAUGAGUAUUUUUUGUCCUUUUGCGAAUUCACUCAAAACAAUAAUGUCUCUAAUUGUUUAAAUAGGCAACUAGAUUUAGUAUUGAGUACGGGUUUGAGCGAGGUGUCAGUAGUGAGGGCGGACGGGUCGCUCGUGCCCGUGGACGCACACCACCCGCCGCUCGCGGCGUGCGUGCGGCUCGCGGGUGCGAGC